AUGACGUUGGAAUUUCUCAAGAAUGUGUUAAAAUGGCAGAUGCCUUGUACAGAAAAUGCGGCGAGUGGAACAAAAGUUUAAGGAAAGACGUGAAACGGAGAUUCUGGGAAAAAAGAUAAGGAAGAUUUUUCUCGCCACAUAACACCAGAAAAACUACAAGAGUUCGCAAAAAGAGACAGGAUAGCAAUGCCAACUCACUUACAGUUGCACCGACAAAUCAAAGUAAAACCAGAGCACCUAUUUGGUUGCGGUUAAGGACCACAAGACUUUUUCACACCACGGUCACGCCAAUCUUUGUUUCGACGAAAGCUUGAAGGCAUGGGAGGACAUUCAUGUGAAAUGCGCAAGAAAUCAAGCUGGCACAGGUGGCGAAGGCAUCGCUUUGUUUUUCAAUUGGAGAGGAGCGAAUCAAGUAGUGAUCUUUGAGUAGCAUUAA